GUUGCCAUUAAGGAUAUCGAAAGAGAGCUUAUCUGCCCAGCAUGCAAGGAAUUAUUUACCCAUCCACUGAUUCUUCCUUGCCAGCACAAUGUCUGUCACAAAUGUGUGAAAGAAAUACUCUUUGCAUUUGAAGACUCUCUUGCUGAUGGAGGCUCUGAAUCCUCUAAUCAGAGUAGCCCUCGAAUUAGAAUCUCUUCUUCUAGCAUGGACAGAAUUGACAGGAUUAGUAGAUCAGCUUCACAGAGGAGGUCUUUUGGGUGGAGAGGCAGAAAACGCAAUUCAUUGACUUCCAGAUCAAGUCUGUUUCCUUGUCCGGGUUGCCAGCGGGAUAUUGAUCUUGGAGAACGUGGCAUCAAUGGCUUAUUUCGCAACUUCACUUUGGAAACCAUAGUGGAAAGGUACAGACAGGUAGCCAGGGCAGCCAUUGCUAUUAUGUGCGAUUACUGCAAACCUCCACCUCAAGAAUCCACAAAGAGCUGCAUGGACUGCAGUGCAAGCUAUUGCAAUGAAUGUUUCAAAAUACACCACCCCUGGGGAACUCUGAAAGCCCAGCAUGAAUAUGUAGGACCUACCACCAACUUCCGACCCAAGAUUUUGAUGUGUCCAGAACAUGAAAUGGAGAGGGUAAACAUGUAUUGUGAACUCUGCAGAAGGCCCGUAUGUCAUCUGUGUAAACUGGGUGGAAGUCAUGCAAACCACAGAGUAACAACCAUGAGCACUGCCUACAAAACCCUUAAGGAGAAGCUUUCAAAAGAUAUUGAGUACCUCAUCAGUAAGGAGAGCCAGGUGAAAGCCCACAUCACACAGCUGGAUCUGAUGCUGAAAGAAACAGAG